AUGUGCUUUGACAACCAGGCCGGCUCGCCACUCUUCAACCUCCCCGGCGAAGUCCGCGAGAUCGUCUACGCAUUCACCCUGAGCUUCCGCUACAGCGACUUCGAGUUCAGCAGCAGACCCUUCUACAAUUUCGGCGGGGAGCCCGCCUUCUCCAGACCGCUGCCGGCCCUGAUGCUGAUAUGCAAGCGAGCAUAUGCCGAGCUGCGGGCCAGGGUCCAGGAAGAAGCCGUCCUGCGGGCGUGCAUGUUCGAGCACGGGAGAAGGAUCGGGCUCGCUGUGCACGGGACGCUGAGGAUCCCGAGGUUAAGGAGGCUUGUCUUUCACGUUGCAAUGGAACACGCCAACUGGAAUACCUGGGUCAAGUUCUUUGGCCAUGUGUUGGAGUCCGCGGAAGGGCUCAAAGAGCUGGUGAUUGACUGGGAGCCAAGGAGGUCGCCGUCGGCAACGCGGGUUGGUUUCAUGGCCCAGCAUGAAGAUAGGAUGGAAAAGAGGCUGUUCAAGGCUGUGGCGGGGGCGACGCAUCUGGAAAGUCUCAGGAUCCACGGUGACAUCCCGGCUCAUUGGGCCGAGGAGCUCGGCCGGAUGCUGGGCGGGAACGUCAGGAUGGUGUGUGUGAAGGAGAGGUGGUGGCUGGAGGAUUGGGAAAGUGGCUGA